AUGAAGCUCCAGCUCUCAGCUGUGGCUGCAGCCACAAUACUCCCCGUCUGCUCUGCCCUCGCAAUCCAAGAAGUCUUCAGCGAUCACAAAGAGAAGGUCUCUUCUCCCUCCAACAUCCGAAACUCACUCGACAACGCCCUCGAAUCAUCCCCCACAUUCCUCACCCCCGCAGACCUCGACACCUCCGACAUCGACAUCGACACCGAGAUCGACCGACUCAUCUCGAAAACAGCCACCAACAUUGACGCCUGGAUCAAGGACUUCAUCAACCAGCCCCUUGACGAGGUUGAAGUAACCAACCCCCCUUCGGAACCUUCCGAACUCGCCGACAUCAAUAUUCCCAUCAACCCCGCCGACCUCCUCCACCCGCCGGUCCCGGAACGAACCAUCUACGAGCUCAUCGCGGAAAGCAAGUACACCACUAUCCUCGCGAAGAUCGUCAAAUCGGAUCCGGAGCUCGUCGAUUACCUCAACUCCACCGAGCGCAGAUUCACCUUCUUCGCGCCGACCGACCACGCAUUUAAGAAGAUCCCCCACCAUCACCACGGGGACCAUCAUGGCCACGACCACGAUGAUGGCGGCGACGGUGAUGACGAUGACCACCGCAUCCCCAAGGAAAUCGUCCGCGUUCUCCUUCGCUACCAUUCCUCGCCAGAGAUCCUGAACGCAGCACAGCUCUUCCACAGGCACACCAUCUCCAGCGUCCUCGAGGAUCCCCUUCUGGGCACAAGGAAGCCAGAUGAUGAGGAUGACGACGACGAAGCUCUGCCGCAGCGCAUCGCCGUCCGCGCCGGGUUCAAGGGCCUGACGCUAAACUUCUACAGCCACAUCGUCGCCGCUGAUAUCCCCGCAACAAACGGCCUAAUCCACGGUAUAGACAGCAUCCUCCUCCCACCACUACCCGCCCUCCUCCUCCUGGACGUCCUCCCCACAAAAUUCAGCACAUUCAAUCUAGGUCUACACAAAACGGAUCUUGGCUCAGCUCUAAACACCAGCACCAAAGAGACCGGAAAGGGCUUCACAGUCUUCGCGCCCACAAAUUCCGCCUUCGCACACCUCGGGCUAAAGAUCAACGCGUUCCUCUUCUCCCCGCCGGGCCUAAAGUACCUCCGCGGCCUGCUGAAAUACCACAUCGUCCCCGAGCAUACGCUGUACAGCGACGUGCUGUAUACGGAACAUGGCGAGGUGAAACCGUUUGGUGUCCGUGGGGCGACGCAUCUCGACCUGCCGACGCUGCUCGGGGACCGCACGAUUGCGGUUGAUGUGACGCAUCUGGGGCCGUAUGUGAGUUUUAGGGUUAAUGGUGGGCAGAGGGUGGCAUUUGCGGAUAUUCUAGCCAAGGAUGGGGUCAUUCAUGCGUUGGAUCAUGUGCUGAUUCCGCCGAGGAGGCUGCAGGAGACUGAUGGGGAGGAAGGGGAGUUGACGAUUGGAGAGUUGAUGGAGAGAUUGGAGCCUUGGGUUGAGGAGGAGGAUGUUGCGGAUACUGAGGACGUGUUGACUGGUUAUUGGGUUGAGGUUGUUGAACGUACUGGGGAACUGUGA